AUGCUGGGCUGGUGUGAAGCGAUAGCCCGUAACCCUCGCAGGAUCCCUAACAACACGCGGACCCCCGAGGGCUCAGAGGAAUGGGCAGACGCCUCGCAAACCUCCACACUGAACGACAAAUCCCCAGGGCGAUCUGCAAGUCGAUCAAGUAAUAUUUCAAAAGCGAGCAGCCCGACCACAGGGACAGCUCCCAGGAGCCAGUCAAGGUUGUCUGUCUGUCCAUCCACUCAGGACAUCUGCAGAUCUGCCAUCUUACAUGACAUGUCAGAAGCCUCAUUUGAGCAAAGCACCCCUGUCGUGGUGCUGAGCCCUGCUAGGAAGGAGUCUGGUAAGAAAUCAGUAAAACAGAGGCCUAGGAGGAAGAGGAGGGCUGCUCUGAGGUACGAGCACACAGAAGAACAAGUGAAAGGGAGAAGAAAGGAUUUUCAGCUCCAAAUCCCCAGCCACCAAUGGAGUGAGACUGACACAGAUUCUUCAGAUUCAUCGUCCACCAAUGAGAGUCACUGGAUUCAGGCAAAACGAAGAGCCCAAGUGAAAUUCCGCCUGUCUCGGAGAAGGAGAAAUAAGAAACCAAGUGGAAGCUUGGAUGAGUCUUCCGCUCCUAAUGAAAUCCAUCCAGUACAUUUAGGAUCCAAAGAUAAAAAGCACCCGGAGCUGACCGAGUGUGAGAGCUACUCUUUAAAUCUCCACAGAGGAAAAGGCACAACAUACCAAGGAUGCAGUGUUUCCCUGCCAAGACGGUCCUCUGACAUUAAGAGACCAUCAGGGAAGGAUGAGGAAAGCAGAGGCAGGUACCACCACAGGGAUCCUCGGCUCUUGCACAGGCCUGGGCAAAAUGAAACAAUCAAGAGAAUGUUUUCAGAGACAGAUUCCAGCACUGAAAUGCUGGCAGUCAAAGAAGAUGGCAAGCCUGUGGAGGAUGCAGGAUUCCUUCAGAAGCCUCCUGCCACCUACCAUGAUGGGUCUGAUCAUUUAAAAGCAUGCAGGAUCUGUCACUGCGAAGGGGAUGAGGGGAGUCCGCUCAUCACGCCCUGCCGCUGCACGGGCACCCUGCGCUUCGUGCACCAGGCCUGCCUCCACCAGUGGAUCAAAAGCUCCGACACGCGCUGCUGUGAGCUGUGCAAGUACGACUUCAUCAUGGAGACCAAGCUCAAGCCCCUCCGCAAGUGGGAGAAACUGCAGAUGACCAGGAGUGAGAGGAGGAAGAUAUUCUGCUCUGUCACCUUCCACGUCAUUGCCAUCACCUGCGUGGUCUGGUCUUUGUACGUGUUGAUUGAUCGGACAGCGGAGGAAAUCAAGCAAGGCAAUGAUAAUGGUGUCCUUGAAUGGCCAUUUUGGACAAAACUGGUUGUGGUGGCCAUCGGCUUCACGGGAGGUUUGGUCUUCAUGUACGUACAGUGCAAGGUCUACGUUCAGCUGUGGCGCAGGCUGAAGGCCUACAACCGUGUGAUCUUUGUGCAGAACUGCCCUGACACGGCCAAGAGGCUGGAGAAGAACUGCUCCUGCACGGUGAACACGGAUGCCAAGGACGCCGGGGCAGUAGUGCCUGCCUUACAAACGGGGACCAACACACUGCCACCUUCAGAGGGCGGCCCCCCCGAAGUCAUACCUGUGUGAUGGGGCCAGCCGGGAGCGUGUCACUGGAGUAUCGCCUGGCCCUCAGCCACUACAAGUGACAGAAGUGAUCCUGAGUUAGUCACCCUCAUUAUCUUCUCUCCUCUUUCUGACUCAUUUGUCCUUUCUUUGCUCAAAAAGAAAGGAGAAGAAACACCAAAUGAUCAGGAUCCCAUGAAGUAGUCUCAAGUGUGAAGAGAAAAUGUGAAAAGUUGGCUGGAGAACGAUUUGUGAGACAAGGACCGCUGGAGCAAGGAAUGCUUUCAGGCAAUGAGGAGAGACUAACUGGACAGACCCAUGAGUCUUCACAGUAACAGGGCAAGGUCAAGAAUACAGACUUGAAUUGCAACAUGUCCUUCUUCUAGGG